AUCACAGCUUUUGUUUCUACAGCCUUUCUCUAUUCGCAGUCUUCCCGACCAUCUCAGCUUCACAGCACUCACGCAACCUUCUCUUUUCAAAACUUGGACACUCGAGGACUUCGUCACGAUGGGGUCCCCUGGCAUCGAUCUCGAUGUCGCUCCAAAUCCUCGCACUAAAGAGGAAAACCAGGAACGGGCGUUCAUUGCAGCUUCAAGACGCAAAGAUCGAAGCCUCGACGCCCGAGUAGAGUCAGCCAACCGGGCCUCCAGUCUGCACAAGCAACGCACCGGCAAAGCCCUCCUCAUCAGUCGAGAUAUCGUGGAGCGAGAGGCGAUGUAUGAAGAGGUGGACGACCGCUACCAGGAGAAGAUCAACCGAAUGCUGCAUGCUCAGUCCAUACAACUACAUGCCGAAUUUAACCGGAAUUUGAUGGCCGCCUGGCAUGGUGCUCGUCCUGGCGGUGGUCUGCAUCAGCGGCGAGCUGCCAGUGCGCAUCUGAACCCACGGGCUUCGAUCAACGGCAUUCGCAAAAUGAGCCUUGAUUUGUCUGGGCUACGGUCCUCGAUCGCGGAGGACUGCAGGGUGCAGCCUGGCCCAAUGACCAGUCCGCUGUCGGCGAAUCCUAGCAGCUACGUGCUUUCUCCCACCUUGGACGGGACUGUCCAGUCGCCGUCGUAUCCCAACGUUGUUUCUGCAUCGGCGGGCCAAGUACCAUCCUACCUUGCCCAGGCGGGCGGACCCACCUGGUCGCCCGCCCCCCAGCAGCAACCCCUCGGCCCGCAGCAGCCGUUUCGGUCCCCCUGGACUGCAGGCUACAUCUCUCCUCAACCGCCGCAACCUGCAAUUUCUCUGGACGAGAUGGCCGCUAUGCCGGUGCGGCAAUUUAGAGACCGUAUGGCGUCAGCACCAGUCAUCCCAGUUCACGCGAUCGCCGCCUCUCCCCUGAUGGGUACCCCUGCCGUGGGAGGAACCACCACGGCUGCUACAGUGACCCCUUCAACCCCGGCAAUGAGCCGCCCCGUGAACGUGAUCCAACACAACCGGGUCCGAUCAGAGCCAGGCCAAACGGUAUUGACAAAUGGCCUGCCCGCCACUACUACAUUGUCACAGAUGAGCUCUCCACGCGGUAGUGGGCAGGACAUGGGUUCUUCAGCCGAGCCCAUUAUCCCAACCCCAGACCUAUGUCCUACGCCAAGCACGCCGCACUCCCCUCAUUCCACAGGGCAAAACCCUAGUGGGGUGUGGGGACUGGAUUUGGGUAAGGAUGAGGGGGGUAUGGAGGUGACCUACCAAGCCGACCAUUUGGACCCUGAGUAUGAUGAAUUCAGCCGCUUCGCGUUCGGCUUGGGCAGUGGAAGCCAGCUACCGGAGACAGACAUGGGCUUUGACGAAUUCUUCACAUUGGAAGAAUAUCCCGUCAGUGCCUGACAUGUGUCUCUUGUAUCUCCCCUUUUUUGUUUCUCUCUACAUACUAAAUGUUUUUUCAGUCUUUGUCUGUAUCAUCUGAACUGGUUGAGGAGGAAUUGGGCGGAAAGCGUAGGGUGAGGAGGGGGGGAAAGGAGGUACA